AUGUCCGACCUGGUUGUAGGUAAAGCCGAGUUGCGCGACGAUUUGCUCGUCAUCGCACACGAGCUUGCCGAAGCGCUUGUCUCUUUGCGCCUGGCAAAUAUCUACGACCUCAACUCCAAAAUCCUUCUUCUUAAAUUUGCCAAGCCCGACAACAGGCAACAAGUCCUUAUCGAAUCUGGCUUCCGCUGCCACUUGACCGAUUUCGCCCGCGCUGCCGCUCCCGCCCCGAGUGCGUUUGUCGCGCGCCUGCGCAAGUUCCUCAAGACACGCCGCGUGACAGGAGUUUCCCAGAUCGGGACAGACCGCAUCAUCGAGUUCCGGUUUAGCGAUGGCGCAUACCGUUUGUACCUCGAGUUUUUCGCCGGCGGCAAUGUCAUCUUGACAGACGCCGACUUGAAGAUCCUCGCGCUGCUGCGUAUUGUCCCCGAGGGGAAGGGACAGGAACCCCAGCGGGUGGGCUUGACAUAUUCGUUGGAGAACCGGCAAAACUUAGGUGGUGUUCCUCCCUUGACGAAAGAACGCCUUCGAGAUGCUCUUACCACGGUCACUGCGCAAGCCGCGACCGAGAAGGCCAAGAAGAAGAAGGGGUCCGAUGGUCUAAGACGGGGCAUCGUGACGACGAUAACUGAGCUUCCUCCAGUCCUUAUCGACCAUGUUUUUCGUCUCAGGGGCUUUAACCCCACCACCACGCCGACCGAAGUCCUCAACGAUGAGUCGCUAUUUAACGCGCUGUUUGGUUCGCUCGAGGAGGCCCGCUCGAUUUCAGACGAGGUUACGAGCUCGCCUACUGCGAAGGGAUACAUCAUUGCGAAACCCAACCCCCGGACAGCCGAACUGCUUAAAGAAGGUGAAGAAGAGGAGGGACAGAAGGAGAAGGCGCGGAACUUGUUGUACGAGGAUUUCCAACCAUUCCUACCGAAGCAGUUCGAGGAUAUCCGGGACUGCGAGAUAUUGUCCUUUGAUGGCUACAACAAGACGGUCGACAAUUUCUUCUCUUCGCUCGAGGGUCAAAAGCUCGAGUCUCGGUUGCAGGAGCGCGAGAUCACAGCCAAGCGGAAGCUUGAGGCUGCUCGCCGCGACCAGGCCCAGCGGAUCGAAGGACUCCAAGACGUGCAGAUGCUGAAUCUCCGCAAAGCCGCAGCCGUCGAGGCCAAUAUUGAACGGGUCCAGGAAGCAAUGGACGCCGUCAAUGGUUUGAUUCAGCAGGGAAUGGACUGGGUAGACAUCAACAAGCUGGUUGAACGGGAGCAGAAACAGCACAACCCGGUCGCCGAGAUGAUUAAACUCCCGAUGAAACUCCAUGAAAGCGUGAUUACGCUACUUCUUGGUGAGGAGGAAGAGGAAGGUAAAGUCGAGGAGGAGAUGGACUUUGACUACGAUACCGAUGAAGAAACAGCGGAUGAUGCCGCAGAGGAGAAAUCUAAAGGGCCAGAUAAGCGGCUUGCCAUCGACAUCAACCUCAAACUCUCGCCGAGGAAUAAUGCCCGGUACUACUACGACCAGAAACGCACAGCAGCUGAUAAGCAAGAGAAGACUGUUCAACGGUCUGAGAUCGCUCUCAAGAACGCAGAGCAGAAAAUUGCCGAGGACCUCAAGAAAGGGCUAAAGCAAGAGAAACCCAUACUCCAGCCCAUCAGGAAGCAAAUGUGGUUCGAGAAGUUCACUUGGUUCGUCUCAUCUGACGGCUACCUUGUGCUUGGCGGCCGGGAUGCGCAGCAAAACGAGAUCCUCUACAAGCGAUAUUUGAGGAAAGGUGACGUUUACGUCCAUGCGGACAUGCAUGGCGCCUCGAGCGUUGUCAUAAAGAACAACCCUAAGACACCUGAUGCCCCUAUCCCGCCGUCAACACUCGCCCAGGCGGGUAACCUGUCUGUGUGCUGCUCCAGCGCUUGGGACUCAAAGGCAGCAAUGGGUGCCUGGUGGGUGAACGCCGACCAGGUCUCCAAGUCGGCGCCGUCUGGCGAGUACCUUCCCGUGGGUUCUUUUAUGGUCCGUGGAAAGCGCAACCUUCUGCCUCCAUCGCUUUUGAUGCUUGGCUUCGGGCUGUUGUUCAAGAUAUCUGAGGAGAGCAAGUCUAGGCACGGCAAACACAGAUUGUAUGACGUGGACACCAGCACGGCUGGCGCGGCUUCUGUCAGUGCCGCCGAGGCGGAGAUGGAUGUCGGCUCUGAUAGAGAUGAUGCCAUUGAGAGCAGUAACGAAGAGGGGGAUGAAGAUGGAGACAAAAAAGGAAACCCCCUCCAGUCAGGGGCAACGGAUGAAGAGGAGCCGGAACUUGCCCCAGAGCAAGGCUCCGAGCCACCAACCGACGAAUUAGCAGACAUCCAAGUCAACCAAGAUGCCCCCGACGAAGCUGAGCCCGAGGAAGAAGAAAAAGAAGGAGGAAGCCAAUCAAACCCCGACGAAGACGGAAACGAAGAGGACGCCGAAGCGGAAGCAGAAGAGUCCCACCCCCCAACCCGCGCCGAAACACCAUCCACCUCCUCCCAGCAACCGCAACAACAACAACAUCAACAAAAAGCCCGCCCCCCCAAGCGCGGGCAACGCGGCAAAGCCAAAAAGAUAGCCGCCAAAUACAAGCACCAAGACGACGAAGACCGCGCCAUCAUGGAAGAGCUCCUCGGCGUCGCCGCAGCGCGGCAAAAAGCCGAAGCCGAAGCAGCCGCCAAAGCUCAGCGCGAAGUCGACGUCGCCGCGGCCGCCGAACGGCGCCGCCAGGCCCAAGAGCGCGCCCGCAAGCAAAUCGCUGAGCACGAGGAAAUCCGCCGCCAACAGAUGCUCGACGACGACUCCUCCUCCCACCUCCUCCCGGACGAACCCACCACCACCGCCGCCGACGCCGCGACGGAACUCGCCCCGCUCGACGCCCUCGUCGGCACCCCGCUCCCCGGCGACGAGAUCCUCGAGGUCGUGCCCGUGUGCGCGCCGUGGAACGCGCUCGCGCGCCUCAAGUACAAGGCCAAGCUGCAGCCGGGGCAUGUCAAGAAGGGCAAGGCGGUCAAGGAGAUUGUGGAGCGGUGGCGGCUGGCGGCGGGGAAGAAGGGGGCGGUGGAUGACAAGGCGGCCGCCGAGGAGAAGAUGUGGCCGAGGGAGGUGGCGCUGAUUAAGGGGUUGAAGGUGGAGGAGGCGUAUAAUGUGGUGCCGGUGGGCAAGGUCACGGUUAUGAUGUCGGGGGGGAUGGCGGGUGGUGGUGGUGGUGGGUCGGGGGGGAAGGGAGGAGGUGGGAAAGGAGGUGGAGAACAUGCGUAUCUGUUGGAGCGCAAGUUGGCUCGAGGCCAUUUUGGGACUACACACCAACCUAGACAUGCCGCUUCCGACUCGUUGUGCUGCAUGAACCACCUUCAUUGA